CGCCUAAGAGCUCUUGAGGUACUUCGUUGCUUAUGGAUCGAUGCGAUAUGUCUGAACCAAGCCGACAAUGCCGAAAAAGCACAGUAAAUCCCAGAGAUGGGAUGUAUUUUCGGACAGGCGAAAAGGUUCAGACCUGUUUACGUUCUUCAAAGACGCAAGCCGACUACCCGAAAUGGAGACUUCAAACAUCCUUCAAGUCCACGAGGCAGGCAAGUCAUGUACUCCAUGUUGUCUAACAAGCCGCAAUUAAAUAAGACCCAGAAGACAGAAAAAGUCAAGGGAACCCUGUACAGACUCUUUCCGGUUUCCCCCGAUCAAACUUUGCGGGUUCUCGCAGUCUCUUGUUUGCUCAAGAUGGUUAUAGAAUCCCGCCAUAUAAUUACCACCAGACAAAAGAAGGCAGAACUCUCCCUACGACAAAAUUAUUAGGACGUGUGAGUGUGCCACUCAUGAGCCACGUGGCUCCUUUGCUAUCGCUUGAGCAUAAGUGACUGCUUGUAAAAAAAAAGAAAAAAAGAACCAUAUUUUACUUUUAUAUACCUGACAAUACACUCAUCCCACAGUUCCGUUUAGGGAAAUACGGACAUCCCGAACCCGACCGCAAAGUGGAGCCUCGGGACCGGGGGAGGAGAGAGGGAAAGGGGAGCC